AAAAAUUACUGGGUGUAUUUUUUUUUUUGAGUUCUUGGGCUAGAACAAGCAGUAGCAACCUGAAUGGAAACAUAAAAACAUGCAAAGUAUGAGUUUUUUAUAACGUAAAGGAACAACAUCCAGAGGAACAACAUUACUGGGUGACACAAAUUUGCCAGGAUCAGGAUCCAAGCUGGACAAGGUUGCUGCAAAUCAGGCCCAGCGGCAACAAUGGAGUGGAGGAAAACUAGGAGACAGAUGGUUUUCUUCCAUGAGGAAUCGUUGAAUCUCCCGUUGAAACCAUUAGGGUUCCUAAACGAAGUCUGCUGAGCUCAUCAUACAAACAACUUCUCAGUCCAAUGCACCUGAGAACGAUCAUAAGCUGCCGUGAUGAAGUGUGUUGGAAAGAGUAGGAGCUCCUUAACGAGACACAGACCCAAUUUCAAGGCAUUCAUUAACAAAACAAGAGACCUUGUUGAGAUGUUCUCAGUGCAAGAUGGCUCGCUACUGCAAUACAGCUUGCCAGAAACAAGCGUGGUCUGGCCAUAAGAGAGAGUGUCGGUGUCUUCGCCGUCUCCUGCCCAGACUCCCUACUGACUCAGUCCGUCUGGCUGCCAGACUCAUGUUUGCUCUGUUGAAUACUCCUAAGACUGUCGGUACUGAGCUCUACACUUUAGAAGAACAUGAAUCACACUUGAAUUCGAUGUCUGAGCAGAAGAAGCAAGGGCUUUCUCAGCUGGCGUCCAUGUUGGAACUGUAUGUACAGCAGGAAGAAGAUUCUGACCUGACACAGGAAGUGACAUCAGCACUGCCCCCUUCCUGCAGGGAUCCACUUAGCCUCAUUGCAAAGGUGACCUGUAAUUGUUUCACCAUCAGUGACGGGGAGCUGCAGGAGGUCGGAGUGGGGCUUUAUCCAAGUUUAUCCCUGUUGAAUCAUGACUGUCGGCCAAACUGUGUGAUGGUGUUUGAGGGUGAGCGGCUGCAGCUCCGAGCCGUCCAGGAUAUUCGCCCUAAAGACGAGUUAACGAUAAGUUAUAUUGAGACUUUGUCCCUGACUGAAGAGCGGCAGAAGCAGCUGCAGGAGCAGUACCACUUCGUCUGCCACUGCCAGAGAUGCAGCUCAACAGAAGAGGAGGAAUUCAUGCUGUCAGGGGAAGAAGAAAAGUGGCAGCAGCUGAAGGCGGCGCUACCGAGCCUGGAAGGACUGAAGACCGAGUCCAAUUGGCCGUCGUUGUUGGAGAGCUGCAGUAAUCUCCUGUCAGCUGCUGGAGCUGAACUUCCUGAUGAAAAUCUGUACAAGCUGAGGGUCACAGACAUGGCUUUAGAUGCUGCUGUGCAGCUGGGGCAGUGGGAGGAGGCUCUGAGAUACGCCAUGAAGACACUUCCAGCUUACAGGUUGUUCUACCCUGAUCCUCAUCCAGUUCAUGGAGUUCAGCUGAUGAGAGUGGGGAAGCUGCAGCAUCACUUGGAGCACCUGGAGGACGCUUUGGACACUUUCAAAGAGGCUUUUAUAAUCAUGAGGAUGACUCAUGGUGAUGGUCACCCACUGACCUCUGACCUGAGGAUGAAGAUGGAGGAAUGUCGUCUGGAGAUGGAUACACAGCAGUCUGGCAGACAUUAAGACAGACUAUGGACUGAUAUGAACAUUAAACGUACCUUAAAAGUUUAUAUUUCUGGAGAUUUUCCAUUUUUAUAAUAUUUUUUAUAGGUGCAUGCUUGAGUGACAGAUUAGGAUGCUUCACAUUACAUUAUACUGUUGUUUAAUUGUUGUUUUAUUGGUCGAUUUGAGGUCUUUUCUAUCUCUUUAUUAAAUACCGACUGGUAUUGAUAGCUGCUGAAUUUAACCUACACUAUGUGGUCAGCAAAGCUCUUCUUGUAGUUUAUCGUAAUAAAAUAAAAGAGGAGUCCAUGAAAAGUGUUCUAAAAGUCGUAAACACUUUGGAUUCUUGGCAAACACAAGAAGAUCUGGAUGUUCUUUCAAAAGGUAAUGUAAAAACCACAAAAUAAAAUCUAACUAAUAAAGCAAAUUCUGAAAGAGCA